AAGUGUAGUUGAAGGCUUUGAAGCUGCACGUAUGCACUUCAGUCCCUCUGAUCAAUUAAACUCCAAACCCACACACUCAUAAACAUGCUUCCAAAGACACCAAAUUGCUCUCUGAAAAUCCUUGCUCUCAUGUUCAUCCUCUACCGAGUAGCCGCUUCCCGUCCUACCAAUGAAACAGAUUACCAAGCAUUGCUAGCCUUCAAAAGUCAGAUAGCCUCCGACCCGUACGAUGCCCUCAACACUUGGAAUGAUUCAAUCCACUUCUGUGCUUGGACCGGAGUUAUAUGCGGUAAGAAGCAUCAGCGUGUGACGGCACUUCGACUCCCAUCCUUUCGGCUGGUUGGUCCUGUGUCUCCUCAUAUUUGGAAUCUUACCUUCCUGAAAGUCCUCAACCUCAAUGAUAAUCAUUUAAAGGGGAUACUGCCCCAAGAGAUCGGUCAGUUGUCGAGGCUACAGGAACUUCGUCUCUCCAACAAUUCUUUCGAGGGAGAGCUGCCGAGAAAUCUGACAUAUUGUGCAGACCUCCGGAUCCUACGUUUGAAUGGGAACAAUCUCAGAGGAGAACUCCCUGAUCAGUUCUUUUCUCUGAUGAAGCUCACCCGCAUAGAGCUCUCCUCAAAUCACUUCACCGGUGAAAUCCCCUCCGUGCUGGGGAAUCUCACUGCGCUCACCCAGAUUUCUCUAGGUGAUAAUCACAUCCAAGGAAGCAUACUGCCACAACUUGGACGUCUCCCCAACUUAAAAUAUCUUGUUGUAGAAGUUAACAGUCUUUCUGGUCAUAUUCCCACCUCUCUCUACAAUAUCUCAUCCAUUCUCAUCUUCUCCGUCGCAGUAAACAAUCUAAGUGGGUCUCUUCCUUCUGAUCUAUUCCUAGCUUUCCCGAAACUAGAAGACCUGUUAGUUAGUGUUAAUGAAUUCUCAGGACUGGUCCCGAGCUCAAUAGCCAAUGCUUCUCGGGCCAGAAUGAUAGACGCGAGCAGGAAUGCCCUUGUAGGACCAGUCCCAAUUAACUUGGGAGGUCUAAAGAAUCUACAAGUGCUUAAUUUUGAAGUAAACCAUCUAGGAACCGAAGAAGGAGAUGAUUUGAGCUUUUUCACCUCCUUAAUCAACUGCACCAAACUACAAGUGCUGUCUUUUACUCAGAAUAGGCUCAAGGGCGUCUUGCCUAAUUCUAUUGCAAAUUUCUCGUCCAGUUUGACUCAGCUCUGGGUGAGCUUAAACUUCAUAUCAGGAACCAUACCUUCAGGUAUAAGUAACCUCGUAAAUUUGCAGCUUCUUGCAUUGAGUAUAAACAUGCUCACAGGGAGAAUUCCCAGCUCCAUCGUCAAAUUGUCACAGCUGCAGGGACUCUACCUCCGUGAGAAUAAUCUCUCAGGAGUGAUUCCAGCCUCCACUGGCAACAUGACUUCGCUCUUUUCCCUCUAUCUUGGAUACAAUCGGCUAGACGGAACUAUACCUGCUUCUCUCGGGAAUUGCAUGCACCUGAAUAGACUACGUCUUGAUGAGAACCGUGUAGUUGGUCCAGUACCCCAAGAAGUCUUCGGCCUUUCUUCGCUCUCAAUUUUAAAUUUAUCAGGAAACUCCUUAACAGGUCCAAUUCCAUCUCAAGUUGGUAAACUGAUGAAUCUCCAGGCAUUAGAUCUUUCAGAGAACAACAUGUCAGGAGUGAUUCCUCCCACUUUAGGUGAUUGUCAAGUGCUGGAAUACCUCUAUUUGGGAGCUAACCAAUUCAAUGGAACCAUUCCAACUUCUACGUCAAAACUACGAGGUGUGAAGUUUCUCAUUCUCUCUAGAAACAAAUUUUCGGGGCAAAUUCCAGGGUUUCUAGCUGACCUCCCUGCCAUCGAGAGUCUUGAUCUUUCCUUCAAUAAGUUCCAGGGCAAAGUCCCAAACAGGGGAAUAUUUCGUAACCAUAGUGCAGUUCAUGUUGUUGGAAACAAUGACCUCUGUGGAGGACCUUCCACCUUGCAAUUGCCUAAGUGUAAAGGGGGAGCAGCAGAGAAACACCGUAAAAGGACUUCAUCUAAGAGGACAGUUUUGGUGAUUACUGUCACAAUCUCCAUUUUCUCCCUGUUAGCAGCAAUCGCCACCAUAAUCCUUUAUUGUUUGAAAAGGUCGAAAAGAGGAAAUGCCUUCACGUUUUCAACCGAGGGUCGUCACCCUAAGCUAUCUUAUGGUGAACUUUCUCAAGCAACAAAUGGGUUCUCUUCUACUAACAUGAUUGGUGAAGGAAGCUUCGGUGCAGUCUACAAAGGCGUUCUACCUAGCAACGGACAAAAUGUGGCAGUGAAGGUUCUCAAACUCGAAGAGCAGGGAGCAGGAAGGAGCUUCAUGGCGGAGUGUGAGGCAUUGAGGAACAUUCGGCAUCGGAAUCUUGUCAAGAUCAUCACUUCUUGCUCGGGCAUCAAUUUCCGAGGAGAAGACUUCAAGGCUCUAGUGUAUGAGUUCAUGCCCAGUGGGAGCCUCGAUAAGUGGCUGCACCCAGUCCCGAAUGAGAUAGGACGAGCUGAGGACAACACAAGGUUAAGUGUGACUCAGAGGUUGAACGUAGCCAUUGAUGUGGCCACGGCGGUGGACUAUCUCCACCAUCAAUGCCAAACGCCGAUAGUUCACUCGGACUUGAAGCCGAGCAAUAUUCUUCUCGACAGUGAUUUUUCCGCUCAUGCAAGUGAUUUCGGCCUAUCAAAGUUUCUCAAGGUCAAAGCAUCGGGAACACAGAGCGGUUCGAUCGGGAUUAGAGGAACUAUUGGCUAUGUUGCACCAGAAUAUGGUGUUGGCGGGGAGGUGUCGACAAGAGCGGACAUCUACAGCUUUGGGAUUCUCUUGCUGGAACUGUUCACAGGGAAGAGACCAACCGAUCCCAUGUUCGGUGGCGAGUUUGACCUCCGCGGAUUUGUUGAGAGAUCUAUUCCUGAUGGGUUGAAUCAAGUGCUAGACCCAUUGCUUUGCUUAGGGAGAGUGCAAGGAAACCUCCGGCAGUGCUUGCUUAAGGUCCUCAGAGUUGGGCUCAUGUGCUCGGCUGCGCAACCAAAUGAGAGGAUGAACACUGGAGGAGCAGCUGCAGAAUUGCAAAAGGCCCAGGAUGUUCUUCAAGGUCGUAGGAGGAGAAACAGAGUGUGAAAGUUAUGGGCUCGAUAUAUAAUUAGAAAGCAUUAAUCCGUCACCUGUUUGUAGAUCUCUUUCGUGUUCUGCACUAAAUGCUACUUUAAGCUUGUAAGUUUGGUGUUUGACCCUGUCUUUUAUAUAAGAGAAAUAUCGAGUUCGAUGUCCAUAGGAAGAAAUAGCUUGAACAUACAGAUAUUUUGCUCCAUAAACCUUAAGAGGCCCUUUGUCCGUCAUCUGCAGUUUUAGACAUUUUCAACUGCAGUGAGAGGUAGACGCUGUUGUUAGUCUCCCGGAGAAAGG